AUGUCAGAUUCCAACACAACUGACUUCACCAACCCCUCCACCUUCAUCCUCCUGGGCAUUCCUGGCCUGGUGGCGGCCCAUGUCUGGAUCUCCAUCCCCUUCUGUGCCAUGUAUGCCAUAGCCAUCUUGGGGAACUUCACCAUCCUGUUCAUCGUGAAGACAGAACCUAGUCUCCAUGGGCCCAUGUACUAUUUCAUCUGCAUGCUGGCCGUCACUGACCUGGGCCUGUCUACAUCCACUGUGCCCAAAAUGCUGAGCAUCUUCUGGUUCAAUUUCAGGGAGAUCGAUUUCAGUGCCUGCCUCACCCAGAUGUACUUCAUUCACAGCUUCUCAGCGAUGGAGUCUGGGAUCUUUGCGGCCAUGGCUCUGGAUCGCUACGUGGCCAUCUGCCAUCCCCUGAGACACUCCACCAUCCUGACAAACUCCAUUGUGGCCACGAUCGGCCUGGCCAUGGUGCUACGCUGUGGCAUUUUCUCACUGCCCUAUCCCUUCCUGGCGAGGCAAUGGCCAUAUUGCAGAACCAACAUCAUCCCCCAGACAUUAUGUGUUCACAUGGCCGUGGCGAAGCUGGCCUGCGCCGACACCCACAUCAGUAGUUACUACGGACUCUUUGUGCAAUUCAGUGUGAUGGGUCUGGAUGUGAUUUUUAUUGUCGUGUCCUAUAUCCAGAUCCUCAGGGCCAUCUUCAGCCUCCCCACAAAGGAUGCCCGGAUCAAGACUUUUGGGACCUGCAGCUCCCACCUCUUUGUCAUUUUAGCCUUUUACGUCCCACGUCUCCUCAUCUCCCUCCUCUAUCGGUUUGGCCAGAAUGUGGCUCUGAAUUUCCAUGUUCUCAUUUCCAACGUUUACCUCUUGAUGCCCCCCAUGCUAAACCCCAUCAUCUAUGGGGUAAGGACCAAACAGAUCUGGGACAGGCUGCUCCGUCUCUUUACUCAUGAAGGCCCCUAA